CCAUGAAUCAGCGCAUCAGCCAAAGUGCUCCAGUGAAACAGCCACCCCCCCUGGCUCCUCAGAGUCCCCAGGGGGGUGUGAUGGGUGGGAGUAGCUCCAAUCAGCAACAACAGAUGAGACUUCAGCAGCUACAGAUGGAGAAGGAAAGGCUGAGACUGAAGCAUCAAGAACUGCUUCGGCAGGAAUUGGCUCUCCGUAGCCAGCUUCCAACAAUGGAACAAGACGGUGGAUCUCAAAAUCCCGUGUCAUCUCCUGGAAUGUCUCAGGAACUGAGAACAAUGACUACAAAUAGUUCCGAUCCCUUUCUUAACAG